GACCCAAAAAAGAGAAAAAAAAAUGCCCGUCUACUGCAUCACCGGCACUAACCGCGGGCUGGGGCUCGAGUUCGUCCGGCAGCUGGCCCGGUCGAGCGACAACACCAUCAUCGCCGGCGUCCGGUCGCUGGCCUCGACGGACCUGAGCGACCUCAGGGCGGCGGCGUCGCCGUCGACGCACAUCCUCGAGUGCGACACGGGCAGCCUGGCGUCGAUCCACGCCUUCGCCAAGGCGGCGCGGCUCGCGCUAGGUGAGGACCGGAAGAUCGACUACCUGAUCAACAACGCGGCCGUCAACCUGGCUUCGCACCAGACCUCGCUCAACCUGGGGCCGGAUGAGCUGCAGGCCCAGAUGGCCGUCAACGUGAUCGGCCCGGCCAAGACGCUCGAGCUGUUCCUCGACGCCGGCCUGCUCUCCCAACACGUCCGCGUCCUCAACAUGACCUCGGGCCUGGCCAGCCUCCACCUCACCGCCCAGAGCCCGGCCCGCAAGUGCGCCGGCUACUCCAUCACCAAGGCCGCCCUCAACAUGCUCACCCUCCACCAGGCCGCCGACCUACGCAGCCACCUGCCCGGCGCCGUCGUCGUCCUCGCCGACCCGGGCUGGGCCAAGACCCGCUUGGGCGGCGAAGGCGCCGUCAUGGAGCCCAGCGACAGCGUCGCCGGCGUCCUCAAGGUCCUCCACGGCCUGCGCCCCGAGGACUCUGGCUCCUUCUUCAGCCACUCUGGUGACAAGAUUCCUUGGUAAAUGAAAGGAGUGGAGAGGAAUAUAACGACGCUUUUUUUCCCCUCUUCUUUCUUCUUUUACUUUAAUUAUUU